AUGCCCGCUUGCAAACAUGGCAAAAACUGUUACCGUAAGAACCUGGAGCACCUGAAAGAGUUCCAUCCGGACCGGCAUGACCAGAUGACCGGUGGAACGGGUCUUGACAAGAAGGAGGAGGAUACGGUAGGAGGCGGGGCCAAGUCUGAGGAGGCGAUUGAGAAGGUGUGGUUUUGAUAGAAAAUUGGAGAAGCUUCGUAAGAUUUUUCUAAUUGAACCUCUAGGGGUAAAAAGUGGUCCCUAUAGGGGUAAAUCUUGAGUGAUCCUUUUAGGGGCUUAAGGUCUGACCCCUAGUCACUGAAGCUCAAGUGGCCCCUAUAGGGAACAAAAAGCGGUCUUUCGGGGGCCCUUAAAAACCUCUAGGGAGUAAAAAGCGGUCCCUAUAGGGCCGCUAGGUUUGUCCCCUCAGCCCUUGUAGCUCAAGUGGUCCCUAUAGGGCCCUUAAGCUUGACCCUAUAGGAACCUGUCAGGAGUUCCUAAGCUCUGAAGAGGAUUUUUUAAGCUUCGAAAUUUUCCGAACCAACUUCUAGGAGUCAAAAAUAAACUCAAGAUAUUUUAAAAAAAUUUAAUUUUUCUGAUUUUUUUACCCUUCUUCUAAGUCUAGCUUCAAUUUUUGAGCUAGAAACAGCUAUAAUUUUAAUUAUUAAGCCCUUUUUAGACUACAGAUCUGAAAAAAAUCAAUUCAGAUGGAAUGAUAUAAAGGAAAAAUUGAAAAAAACUGGUAAAAGUAACACUGAAAAUAUUAGUUACUGGUAAAUAAAAAAAUGUUUUUAAUCAAGUUCAUCCAUGUAAAAUGAUAAUUUGAUUAUUCGCCAAGUUCAGUGGUUCAAAGCGGCCCCGAAAAAGCGACAAAAGCCUUCGGCCAAGGCUCCAAAAAAAGAAGAGCGGGAAAAUGACCCAAAGGUUCAAAAUCUGAUCGACGCCGUCACGGCUGAAAGUCCGUCGCCCAAGGCCAAAAAAGCGAAAAUCGAGGAAAAUCCAAAGUUUUUUUUAAGAAAUAAAAAGAAAGAUACAUUUUUUGUUCAGUGAAGUCAACUCGGAAUGGAUUCCUGAAAUUGCGAGGAGAUUUUGGGAGGAGAGGGCGAAAAUAUUGAAUCCUGAAGCGCCGUUGGGUUGGUUUUAGUGAAAAAAUAUGGGAAAAGACUGAUUUUCGAGGAAAAUUUCAAGCUUUUUUGAACUUUAUAUAGUAAUUUUUGUAUUGAACUUCUGGAUCGAAGAGAUUUUUUGAACAGAAAGGAACAUAGGGGUUUUUUUAAAACUUUUUUUGACGGUGUUUUUUUAAAAAAUUUUAUCGGUUUAUGCUCUGUAUUUUUUUCAAAUUUAUUCCUCUUCUAACUGAAAUCAUAACGAGAAUUUCAUGACUGAACUCUAAAUUUUUGGAAAUUUUCACAAAAAAAUCCAGUUAUUCAUAGUUAUUUUUUUCAUUUUAAAAAAAGUUAGAAUACAUUUUUUGAACAAAAACUGACUUAUAUUUGCUUCAUAAAUUUUUUUAAUUAUUUCGAAAACUUUUUUUGAAAAAUUCAACCCAUUUGUUCAGACUGUCUAUCUUCCGUGAAAAGCGCUCGAUUAGCCGGUCCUUUUCGGAUUUUGAACGGUGAAAAAGGUAGCAAUCCAAGGAAUCUAUUGAUUUUUUGAGCCAAAAAAAAUUUUUAGUGGAAGAUCCAGUACUAUUGGACCGUUUUCUGACGGAUCUUCCCGAAAUGCAGACUUUUUUGACUCAUUCCGGUGGUCGAUACGCUUUUUGGAGGUCCAAAAAUAGUACUGCUUGAAAAAAAUACUGAAAAUCUUCAGAGACGACCCGAAAACUAAAGAACCUUUCAUUGUUCAUGCUGAAUCGCGCGAAUUUUUCCCGAAAUUGGAGGUUUUUUUUUGAUUUUUACUUUACAGCUGGUUUAUAGAAGGAAGGGUCACGGUGUUUUGGUAAGUGGGGGAACCAAAAAAAAACAGUGGGCGGAGCCAAAAUAUCCGCUGUUCCCAAGUGACGUCAUGGGAACGGCAGGGCGUAAAUAACAGGGCAUAUUAAAGGCGCAGGCCGCCGUAUUGCCAGAGGUCUUUUAAGACGAAUCGAAAUUUCUCUACAGAAAACUCAAUUUUCUGCGCCAAAAGCGGCGCAGUGCAUGCACACGACACACGACACUUUACGGAGAAAAAGUGGCGUCGUCGAAAAAACGCCGUGUCUUGGCACGAAGAAAAAAAGAACUUCCAGAAUUUUUUUUUGGCAAGCGGAUAAGAAGAGCUAAGGUGGGAAAAAAUCGAAAAGGAGAGAAAAAUUUUUCAAGACCAUGUUUCUCAACUGAAAAUUUCUGUAUGGAAAAUUCUUAUAUUUUAGUUUUUAAUGUUAAUUUUGAUGGGAAAGGUGAAAAAAAGCUUCCGAGAAAAAAAAAUUGUUUAAAAUGAACUUUUCAGCCCAAAACUUCUUUGAGUUUUUUUCAAGGCCGGAAUGUAAAUUUGACCGCUGGAAAAAAAUUGAUUUCAAACCUAAGUUUGACGGAAUUUUUAAAAAUUAAAAUCACAAAAUUCGUUCUUUUUUAAAUUUUAAAUGUUCAUAGUUCAAAGAAAUAUCAAAAAAAUGAUUUUUUUCUAAUUUAUCGAUUUUUCUCAUAUUUUUUUCAAUUUCCAGGUGGUCGGCGACCGCAUAGAACACGCCAUUGUACAUCUAUGUGGCCGGGAAAAAGCUUCUGAAUUCCUUCCUUCAGAAGACGUCGGGAAUAUUCUGAAGGAAAUGAAAGUCUUCAAGGCGAAAAGAAACAAAAUAAAGGUUUUGUAGGCCUCAAAAAUUGAGAUGAUAUUGAAUUUAGCUUGGAAGCUCUCAUGACGUCGGAAUUUGGGUUUCGGUGGUUGAGGAUCGUGGCUACCGGCCGUUGGCUUACUGUAAGCUUUGUUUGUAGUUUGAUAGAGGUCUGGUUUAAAGGAGCAUACGGGCUGGUCUCAAGGCGAAGAGGCGUUUUAGUUUCAUUUCGAGUUCCAGAAAGGCUUUAUAUGAAGACCAUAGUCUGUUCAGAUUUUGAAUGUCAAGUGGUCCCUAAAGCUCCGCCUCCUAAUAGCGCGAUUAAACCAAUCAGAGAGCGAGCCAGCCCAUAGAGCGUUUUCUAAUGACGUCAUUGUAUAGUCCGUUUUCCGCCUCUUGAAAGGAUGCUACUUCUCUGCGCCCUCCUCGUAUCUCGACAACCCUCUCAUUUGUUGACGUGCUAUUUUCAUGUUUCUCUGGCCUCGCCGGUGAGGGAACAAUGAGACGCAGACACUCGAAAAAUGUCAAGUCGCGGCGAACGAACUAAACUUGACAUUCAAAAUCUUAACAGACUAUAUACUUCAAUUUCGAAAAGAGCUUUUCCAGCCGCCAAGGAGAUGAAGAAAAUGCUCGAAACGAUCAGAAAAACGGAGGACGAAGCACUGAAAAAGAAAUUCAUGCAGAAUAUCACCAGGGAACUCAAUAAUGUUCAUGUGAGUUCAUGAGGAUUUGCUGGAUUUUUCAUGGAAAAAAGCUGGAACUAUUUCAUUGAAUACGUUUCGUCCAAAAUUAGAAAGACCGUAUGGCUUUCAUCGAAAAAUGGGUCUUGACACGAUUAUAAAAGAAGACAGUGUAGAGUUCGAGGAGAGCGCAGACAGGCCACGCCCCCUUCACGUCCCAAGCUAACCCCUAAUCGGUCAUAUUUACAUAACGGGUUUAUUACCUCGAUUUGAAAGCCAAAAAGGCGGUAAACAAACAGAAAAAAAAAUUUAGUGUUAGAGUGAAAAUUCAAAGGAUACAAUAAAAAGUUCUGUUCUCGAUGAAAAAAAUUCCUUUUUUUGCUUCAGAAAUAAGAAUUUAUCUCUUACUGGCUCAAGAACCUCCAAACUGAGAACGUACUAAAAUUUCGAAAAAAAAUCAAGAAAAAAAUUUCUUUUGUUUAGACCGACUUUGCUCCACUAAAAAAAAAGUUUGGUUUUUAAGGAUUUUUUUUCUUCAGUAAUCCUGAACGUGGGCGGAGCUUAAAAAAGCCUGGUUCUAAAUAUUCAGGUGAUUGUCCGCUAUCUGUUAUUGCAAGGAGAGCUCUUAGGAACGUGGGAGGAGUUUUUACACCAAUGGUUUCUUGAAACUCUUAGGAAACGUGUUGAUAAUUUCAUUUUUCAUUAUCUUUCUCAGAUCGCCAACGAUGAGAUCGAUUUCGGGACGGGAAUCGAAUUCGGCCAUUGGCUCUUCCUCGCCAACAUCCCUCAGGUCGGUAUAGUUCGAAAAACAGUACCAAAUUCCAAUUAACGUUCUUUGAAUCUCGUACAUUUUACGGCGAAAAAGAAGUGGAUUUGCAAAAAGUUUCGCAGAGAGAAAGAUUAAGGGAUCCUUUUUUUGGGAACUGGUAGGUUGGAUAGGAUUAUCAAAAAAAAAUCGGAUAAAUCUACUGUUUUAUUGGGGGUGGCUUGAGCGCGGAUCUUUUUUGCCCCCGACCUUGAAGUGGCUUGCGCGCGAUCGCACUGGACAGCUUUUGACCAUUGUUUUGACCAUUUUGAGGUUAUCUGAAUAGGUGUAAUGAAACAAUUUUUGUCAAGUUGAAAUCCCAUUCUUGACUUUUGAAUCGCUUCCGAUUUUAAAACUUCACUUUAAUCUUCACUCGACCUGCAGCGGCUUGCGCGCCAUCGCACUGGACAGCUUUUGAUUAAGAUUUUUAAUUUUUUUGAAACUUUAAGUCAUUGAACAAAAUGAUGUAACGUAACGAAUUCCUUUUCGAAAUCUCAUGGUUGACUUUUGGAUCGCUUCCGACCUCAAAAUUUUGCUUUAUGCUUCACCCGACCUGAAACGGUUUGCGCGCGACUGCAUAGUCACGAGUUUCUAGCUUAAAACCGCGACGCUUUGAGCCAUUGCAAGUGCGACCAAGAUGGUUCUUGAUUUUUUUUAAACAAAAAUUUCGGAAUUCUGUCAUUCUUAUGGAUAUUUUUCCUUACAAAUAACUUUUUUUUUGGGAAAAAAAAUUUUCUACAUUUCUAUGAUUUUUGUUGCAAAUCUAUUUACAAAAAUUAGAAAAACUGACAUUUUCCAAAAUAAGCACUAGGAAAAAGGCUGUUGAACUUGAAGAAUGGUCUGCCAAUUCUUGAAUCGUAUAAUCGAAUUAACUAACUCGUGUUUUUUUACCCUCCAAAAUUUUCAACCUUGACUUUUCUUGUGAGUUUUGUCUACGAAUAAGCGCGUUAGGGACUAGUUUUUUCAGAUAAAUUGCGCGUGGUUUUGAAGUUUUCUAAUCAAUUAGGUGAUAGUUGGGAAAUGAUGAGGAAGAAGAAAAAAGGAAAAAGUAAAUCAAAUAUGAAAGGAAAAUUGAAUGAGAGGCUUGAAAAUUGACCCAAUUUGAAUCGCGAUUUGUUUUAUUUUAAACUGCGCUCUUAGGAAGUCCAGAGCGGUCCCUAUAGGGGCAAUUUUAGGGACCACUUUACCAGGCCUGUAGUGACCACUAAAGCUAGCAAAAGUGGUCCCUAUAGAGGUUUUAGUUAGUGACCCCUAUUGUGGACAUGCGUCGAUAACUUUACGAACUCUUAGCGAAUAAGCAUUUCCAAAAACUGAAAGAAUAACCUUUUUGAAUGAAAUUGAACGACCCUUAUAGGGGCCACUUGAGAUUAAGGGGCUAAAGGGUGAGACCCUACCUUGAUUUUACCCCUAUAGGGACCACUUUUUCGGUCAGUAUAGGGGCUGAUUUUCUCCCUAACCCCUAUAGGGACCACUCUGCAAUUCCUAAGUAUCACUCGGCUAGACGGAAAAUUUUUUAGGAAUGCCAGAGUUUUCCCUAGAGGGGCAGUUUUAGAGGCCCACGAAAGCUAUAUUCUACACUAAGAAUAACUGACGAGAUAAACGCGAGGUCGGUGGCGGUACAUUGACUAACUCGCAAAAAUGUCGCUUUUUUCUAGGCGCGAUCCCGCAUUUCUCUCGGCGCGACCUCGCAUUUUUCACGGCGCCAUCUCGCAUUUAUCUUGCAUUUCGGAAAUUUUCAAAUUGCGAGAGAAAUGCGAGCUCGCGCAUAGAAAAAUGCGAGCUCGCGCCCAGAAAAAUGCGAGACCGGCGCGAGAAAAAAUGCGAGAUGUUUGCGAGCUCGUCAAUGUACCGCCAGUGUCUCGCGUUUAUCUCGGCAGUUAUUCUUAGUGUAGUGAUUGACACCAGAGCUCGCCACCCCUCUAGGGAACACUAUUUUGUUCCCUGUAGAAGCUGUUUCCCCCCUAACCCCUUCAGGGACCACUUUGGCGCUCCUAAGAGAGCAAUCUCGACAAACUGAUGUAAGAAAAAAUGUAGUUUGUCCUCUGAAUCAUCAAAAAAUCUGUUUUAUAGGUUGAAAACAUGUGCAAAGUUUCUCUAACAACCUCCUACAAGCUUCUCGGACGUCAUUCUCACAUCGAAACCCUGGAAAAGACCCUGAAAUUACGAAAAUCUGUCAGUUUGUAA